AUGCUUGAACAUUUAAUUCAUGUGAACACUUGGUUUUCUAAAUAUGAAGCUGAACUUGCUGAACAAACACAUUUUAAAGCUUUCAGUGGAAAACCAUCUGUUACAACAUCAUGUGUUCAAGAAGUGAAAAAAGAAAAAGUUGAACCAGUAAAACAGCAAGAACAGAAGCCAGCUGAACCUAAACCUGCUGCUGCUGAUGAUGAUGAUAUUGAUUUAUUUGGUUCAGAUGAUGAAGAACAAAGUGAAGAAACAAAACAACGUUUAGCUGCCUAUGCAGCAAAAAAAUCUAAUAAGGUGCAGAUUAUUGCUAAAAGUACAAUUGUAUUGGAUGUUAAACCUUGGGAUGAUGAAACUGAUCUUGCAGCUUUGGAAAAUGCAGUUCGAUCAAUUGCAGCUGAUGGUCUUGUCUGGGGGCAAUCUAAACUUAUGCCAGUCGCUUUUGGUGUUAAAAAAUUACAAAUUGGUUGUGUUGUUGAAGACGAUAAAAUUGGAACCGAUUUCCUUGAAGAAAAAAUUUGUGAAUUUGAAGAUUUCGUUCAAUCGGUUGAUAUUGUUGCAUUCAACAAAAUCUAA